AUGUUUACCACUUACAUAGCUUUGGCGACACUAGCCAAUUUGAUACCUUUGUCAGAAGCUUUACCAUCUAUAAUACAAAGACAGUCUAGUUGGCCACCACUCGACCAAGUACCCGACACAAAUUCCCCAGAAGUCAGGCAAUGGGUGUCACAAAUCGACUGGUCCAAAGUCCCAAACAUCAGUCCCUCUGGCUCGGCUCUCUGCGAUCGCACCAGUAAUCAAAACAACGUUGCAAACGCACAAGCAAACUGCUGGUGGUCGUGCAACCUCUGCACACGACCAGAUGAUGCCACGGCUUGUCCAAAUCGAGGUGAAUGGGGCUUAACAUUCGACGACGGUCCAUCACAAUACACAAACCAACUGCUCGACUAUCUUGACUCACAACGAGUAAAGGCAACUUUCUUCCUGACCGGCAGCCAAUCGACUAAAGUACGAGACACCGCCAUACGCCUUGCAAACACAGGUCACCAGAUUGGUGUACACACAUGGAGCCACACCGCUCUCACAACCCUCACCAACGAACAAGUCGUCGCCGAACUUGGCUGGACACGCGAAGUUCUCAACCAGAUAACGAACCGUAACCUUAAGCUUGGUCUCAUGCGCCCGCCAUUUGGCGACAUCGACGACCGUGUGAGGGCAAUUUCCCACCAGAUGGGGCUCAUUCCAACUAUCUGGACAGCAGGUCCAUACGACACGAAAGACUACACGCUUGUCGACAAUCCGGGUAACCAGGCAGCUUUGGACGCGAAUCUCAAUGAUCUGGUGACGCAAGGUCGGAACCGAGGGAACGGGUUUAUUACUUUGCAGCAUGAUAUCGAGCAACCGACGGUGACAUAUGCCAUUAAUACUGUGAUUCCGCGGGCGUUGAAGGAAGGCUUCGCAUUGAAGGCGUUAUAUCAGUGCGGGAUUGCCUAA